GAAAGCGUCAGUGUUUACACGUAGAAAAUAAAACCGGCAGCACGCGCUAGACAACAACAUAAAUCAAACAAAGACACGCUCUACUAUAUAAGAGACAAACAAAGAAUGCAAUUGUAAGAAAAAAUAGAAAGUCCUCUCAACGGAUGGUGAAAAAAAAAAACAUUGCAUUGUUGAAUGCUGAAUUUAAAAACAAAAUAAAAAUUUGUUAAGGUGAAAAUUAGACUGUAAAAAAAACAUUUAGUGCCAAGACCGUUUCCUUUUUUUUAUUAUAAAGACAGUAAAAACUGAUUGAGUAACUCUAGUGUAAACCACAACGCAAUGGGCACUUUGCAUGUCUGUUUCGCUGACCUGCCGCAGUACGGAAAACCCACUCCGCCCAUAAACGUCUCACCGUUAGCCACCACCAGCAACCAAAUUGAAACACUGUGUGAAUUAAGUGAUGCUGCUGUUGAUGCUGCCACCGCCGCCGACUCCCCUUCAGCAAUGACGCAACAAGCCGACCCAAACAAGGACAUGCCGCCAUGCAGCCUAUCGCCUGGUGCUAACAGCGCGCACAGCAUAUCGCCAACUCCACGCUACGAACGCAAUAUUAGCUUCUUUCAUCAACUCAGCCGCCGUUUUGGACUGCUGCGCUCCAGCGAUGACCCAGUUUUUAAUGCUGCCGAAGAUGACUCGACCGAUUCGUGCUCCUCGACUACGGGCGCAUUGCCGCCAAUGCAGCGUUCGACCGGUGCAUCGACGACGUCAUCGUUAUGCGCGCCAAAUUCAUUCAAUAGCAACAUUAGCGGCAAAAGUGGAGCACACUUACACACUAGCAACGGCGCGUGCCUGAAGGACGGCCACGGCUCGAGCAGUGAGCAUAUUUCAUGCGCCUCCAGUGAGACGAGCAGCACUGCCGACAUUGAGGAAUCACAAGAACAACAAAUGUGUUCACCAAAAGCGGAUGCCGCCACCACCACCGCCACCACCACCGCCACCAAAUUGUCACCAACCAAAGAGCGACGCUCCAGUGCACGCGCCAGCUUCUCACGCCUUCAACGUCGCUCCACAUCUUCCUUGCGACGCGCAUUCGAAAGUUUCUCAUUGUCAACGCGUUCACUUUCAUGCAGCGGUGCGACACCAACUGCUGCUAACACGCCCGUAAACGCACAGCAGGCGGCACAACGCUCCGACAACGGCAACACGCCCAUCAAAUCGGCACUCAAAUAUAAUUCCAAUGUUGAAUUGAAUAGAAAAUUGCAAGCCGGUGGUGGUGGUGGUGGUGUCAUUGGCGCCUGGCAUACGUCAUAUUCGGCAUCGAGUUUACAGCUAACGUCGUCAGCAGCUGGCAGUUCGUCGUCGUCGUCGUCGUCGACAUCAAAGUCAUCAUCGAAAGGCAAGACAAAGCCACCGCCGCAGCGUAUACUUCGGCAGCCUGUCUCCUAUACGUAUCUGAAGGGCAUAUCCGGUCUGCCGACACAACGAGUGCCUCGCAGCGCUGUCUGCUGUCAGUAUGCAAGGCGUUGAAAGCACUAAGCGGUGAUUGCCUUCAAAGGCGCGCAGCGUAGAGUUUUAGAUACCGUUAAAGUGUUCAGCAUACAUACAUACAUACAUACUCGUUCAACAUAGAGCAUAUUGAGGGCCAAAGAAUUAUGGGCGGUUUUGCCUAUGCCACUAAUACAUACAUACAUAUAUCACACGAGUAGUUAGUUGACAGUUCGAGAGUUCAAGAGUUUGUUGUUGUUGUUGGUUUGCGUUGAACUGACGUACAUGAACGUACAUAUAAUCCGUAGUAGAAAGUUUUUCCCAUGCAUUUGGGUAUUAGUGUGCGCAUAGAAAUCGAAAGAGACAAGCGAAGUAAACAUUAAAUACAUAAGCCGAGCUAUUUAUAAAUAAUAUCGUAUUAGAGCGUCCGUACACAGUCACACACACACAUAAAUUUUGUAUUGGCGACUCCAUGAAUGCAAGAAUUUAAGGCGACUUUAUUUAAGCACACGCACACACACACACACUCAUAAUUGCGCACUUACGCUAUUAAAUGCGUUAAAACAAAAUUUUUGUUUUUUUUUCUUAUUCGAUUGCAUCAAACAAAAUCUGUGAUAAGUAUCAUUUUCAUAUCGGAUGUAAACUCACAGCAAUUUAAUUAUUUAAUAAAGUAUUUUAGAAUCACUAAUUGGAAAAAA